UUUGAAUGCAUGUGGCGCGAUAUGGGAAACUGAGUGGAAAAUAGUUUGACAGCGAGAGAGCCGAAGAGAUUAUUCUUGUCCUGUGGCUUUCUGCGUACCAAAACAACAUGUUUUCUGCACAGCAAAGCUGUUGGUUUGUCCGCAAGGUGAUUUGCUGGAGAGCCGCGGCCAGUAUUGCUUGGGCUGUCCUCUUGUUGCCUCCCACCACUGCAGCUUUCAUAAUCCUUAGCAGGUUCAGUAUUCUCCACCCAUUCCAGUGGAUAUCAGAAUGUUUGUCCCUCCUAACAAGUGCCAGUGCCAUUUUCUCCUUCAUCCUUUUGGGUGGUGUGAUCAUCAUAGUUGGGUUUCUGAACCUGGAAUAUUACACAGUCAUCCCGAAUAUUGCCUGCUCAAAAAUUGCCCUGCUGGGUCAGCUGCUUCACCCUCGUCAGUUCCUCAGCUCCUUGGUGCACUGCAUCAUGGGUAUAAUUGUUGCCUGGUGUUGUGCUGUCACCAUAGGGGGCAGAUAUGAGACACUUGGUUACCCUUGUGUAGAGAGUGAUGGCUCUCCUGAGAUGUGUCUGAACGAGUAUCACCUCGUCCUUCUGCUGGCGGGAGCCUUUGUUGGAUUCUCUCAUAGCCUGCUCGGUGUGAUCCACAACAUGAACUAUGUGUCUUUCCACACAGUUCAGCGAUACAAAUACCUUCGCUUUAAGGGAUCUUUACCUUUGGUGGUGAAGUGCAGCGCCACUCAAGCACUUUACUCCGUCAGGAACUACAUUGUUAUCUAUUUCUUUUUGGGUUACAUUCCAAAAACAUGGAUGUGUAAAACAUUGAAUCUCCAUUUGAACAGCUCUCUCCACUCUCUUGACACCAUAGCUGGGCUUCUGGACCUCUGCUUAAUUUACCACUUGUGGAUCAGCGCCACCUUCCUCCUCUUCACAUGGUACAUCACACUGGUGCUUUUUCGGAUCUUUGUCACAGAGGUGUACAGCUUUCCUGUUCAGUCAUCUUUCACUGAGGAUUCCCACCAGUGUCUUCCCAAAGUCAUUACAGAAAAACAGCCAAUGAUACUGAAGUUUUUAGCUCUGCAGGACUUGGCUCUGCUGUCUCAACAUGCACCGUUACGUCGCUCUGAGGUCUUCAGUCUAAGUCAGCCAGGGGGCCAUCCUCAUAACUGGAAUGCCAUCAGUAAGGAGUGUUUGUCUCUGCUCAGUGACCUGACUCAGAGACUCAUAGUUUAUCAUGAUACCGUGGCAACGAACGGCAGAGCAAAGCCACUGUCCACAGGCAGCGAGAGGAAGACCUCAUCUGACACGUCAGUAAUAUCAGGUGAUGACCCAUUUACCCCCAAGUCCACUCCGCUAAUGAAAACUCCAGCGUCAGUGUUCACCCGCUCCGUUGUGGGAGGUCCACAGAGCCCACUGACGGCUCCAUUCACCCCUGACCUGGACAGCCCCUUCGCCUCCCCCGCACUCCGCCGUCUCACCGCUCCAGUGGGCCAGUGCUCGCCGUGGCACGACACGGUGCAGAGCCCACACAUCAUGAGGAGAGGCCCCAAACUGUGGUCCACGUCCACAGAUUCCCACGUUAAUGGAAGUCCCCAGCUGUCUCCCGCCUCAGUUCCUUCUCCAAAGCAGGAAGUGUCCAAACCCAGCCUUCUGGCUCAGUUCCUCCAGAACAGAAAAGAGCAGGUGAAAAAUUUCUUGGCAAAGCGGGUGCUGAUAAUGUAUUUGUUUAACAAGCUUCCAGAGGCGUCCAGUCAGGCUCUGUUUGCCGACAGUCAGGCCCACAUCUGGGCUUUAGAAGGACUGUCAUACCUUGUUCAAGCCUCCUUCUCAGAAGACCGGUUUGGGGUUGUACAAACUACAUUACCAAGCAUUCUCAGUUCCAUGCUGGUCUUACAAGAGGCAGUAGAUCGUCACUUCAAGCUGCCUCACGCCUCCAGUAAACCUGUGAGGUCCAGCGGCACCAUGGGAGACUGUCACUACAAAACACUACGCUUUGCUCUCAGAGCCACACUCAAGACCGCCAUCUACAGGAUAACAACCACAUUUGGAGAUCACCUCAGCACCGUUCAGAUGUCCGCAGAACACCGGAAACGACUGCAGCAGUUUUUGGAGUACAAGGAAUAACACACAGCUUGUGUGUGUGUGUGUGUGUGUGUGUGUGUGUGUGUGUGUGUGUGUGUGUGUGUCAGCUUCGGCGAGACAACAAGUGAAAGUUCAUGAUAGUGCCUCUUUUAAUAUUUAUGUCUGCACUAUGUUCUGGUGGAUUGUAUUUGAUAGGAGAGAUCACAUCUCCACAAAUCCAACCCAGACUACACCAGGUUCACGUUAGCAAGCGCCAAGACUUGGCACCAUGGUAGAUUUCAAGGAGCCGACUGUAAAGAUGAACUUAAUAAUGUAAAGAUUAAUCUAAUAAAGACCCAAACAUCCAAAAGCAUCAGCUGAUGUAAAAUGUUUAGUACCUGUUGAUCCACUAAGCCUAUCAAUCCAUGUAAAUAAUCGGUGUAAAAUGCAGUUUGUCAUCUGUUCAUGGUCAUCAGAUACAUUCAGAGGCUCUGUAGUUACCAUGGAGACAGUCAUCUUCAACAUCAUCGAUUCACUUGGAGUUUGAUCAGUGACUGGAUGGAGAGACUGGUUUUCUGUUCAGUUGAUAUAUCACGUUUUGUUUGAAUAACCUUUGGAUUUACUCUGAGCUUUUAUGAAUAUCUACAUGGUCAGU